GGGAUGGAGGGCGAGCUCCCCGCGGCUCCGGAGUGCUCCUCGGGCCUCCCGGCGGGGGGCAGCGGCGGGGACAGCCCCUCCGCCCUGCUGCCGGCCGAGGUGCUGGACCUGGACGGGGACGAGGACGACCUGGAGGUGUUCAGUAAGGAUGCCUCACUGAUGGACAUGAAUUCCUUCAGCCCUAUGAUGCCAACAUCCCCUUUAUCGAUGAUAAACCAGGUCAAGUUUGAGGAUGAGCCGGACUUGAAAGAUCUCUUCAUCACAGUCGACGAACCUGAGAGCCACGUCACUACACUUGAGACUUUCAUUACCUACAGGGUUGUCACUAAGACGUCUCGUGGGGAAUUUGACUCCAGUGAAUUCGAAGUUAGGAGGCGGUAUCAAGAUUUCCUUUGGCUGAAAGGAAAACUGGAGGAAGCACACCCCACCCUGAUUAUUCCACCAUUGCCAGAAAAGUUCAUAGUGAAGGGGAUGGUGGAACGCUUUAACGAUGACUUCAUCGAGACGCGCCGGAAGGCAUUGCAUACGUUUUUGAACCGAAUUGCUGAUCAUCCAACUUUAACAUUUAAUGAAGACUUCAAAGUUUUUCUUACUGCACAAGCUUGGGAACUGUCUUCUCACAAGAAGCAGGGGCCUGGGCUGCUCAGCAAGAUGGGGCAGGCGGUCCGAGCGGCGGCUUUGUCCGUGCGCGGCGUGAAAAGCCGCCCCGAGGAGUUCAUGGACAUGAAUGACUUCAUUGAAGCAUUCGGCCAGAAAAUAAACUUGAUAGACAAAAUAUCUCAGAGAAUUUACAAGGAGGAAAGGGAGUACUUGGAUGAAAUGAAGGAAUACGCCCCAAUUCAUACUCUGUGGGCGGAGUCAGAAGACGGUCUGGCCGACACGCUGGGCGGCGUCGGCAGCUGCCUCGCCAGGUGCUGCUCGGCCACGGAGAGGCGCCUGUCGGGACUCUCGGAGACCCUGCUCCCGGUCGUCCACGAGUACGUGCUGUAUAGUGAGACGCUGAUGGGUGUGAUGAAAAGAAGGGACCAAAUACAAGCAGAGCUGGACUCCAAAGUGGAAGCUUUGACUUAUAAAAGGGGAGACACUGAUCUGCUUACAGAGGAGAUCGGAAAACUUGAAGACAAGAUGGAAUGCGCUAACAACGCGCUGAAAGCGGACUGGGAAAGAUGGGGACAAAACAUGCGAAAUGACAUCAAGUCUGCGUUUUCAGACAUGGCCGAGCAGAACGUCCGGUAUUACGAACAGUGCCUCGCUACCUGGGAAUCCUUCCUGACGUCCCAGAGCGACCUCGCCUCCAAAGAGCCCUGUGAGGAGAGCCCGUGACCCCGUGGGAGACGGCCGUGGCCUUGGGGAGGAGCACCCACUAGCCAAAGCCUUCUUUCCAGAUGGGCCGUGUCCUUGACAAAGUGGAUGAGAGGCGUUUCACACUAGCUGGAAAACCAACAAGUUGACACUCAGGUAUUCCAGAUCACUGAUAUAAAUUGGGAGAUACACACACACACACACACACACACACACACAUACAUAUAUAUAUAUGUAUAAAUAUUUAGCUUAGUUUUACUUAUGUUCCUAAAUUUGUAUGCCAAUAAUGAAAUAUAGAAAAAAUUUUUUCUUGAGUAUUUGUCUGUGGAACAUAUCAUUUUAAAUAUAUUAU